UGAAUGCCACCGUCGGUGUUGGUUGGGAGACAAUGCACCCCAGAAUCUGCAGACUGGGAACAAUCGUUCCGCGUACCACAGAUAGCCACUCAUUGUAAGACCAAUCAAGCAUCGAUCGAUUGUAUGUGAUCACGCUCGCUGUAUGUGGCUCGCGGGCCAUGUACCCACGCGGCCGCAGGUACUUUAUGUGACCGGCGCCGCGAAAUCGGCUUCUAUUCUACCUACUACCAUCUCAUUGCUUUCUCAAGCCUGGAUCGUCUGCAACGCCACUUCGACAGCUGAAGGUACUCAGCCUUGGUCGACAACAUCAUGCCGACAACCCGUUCUGCCGACAAGGCACAGAAGAGUGCCACCAGCAGCUCCAGGGAGCCAGGGCGAAGCCACUGCGGUGGCGAGUUGACUGUGGUCGGAAACGACGCAAGGAGCUUUCUGAAGCAGUGUAUCAACGAGGCAGACAUGCCGACGCCCGUGUGUCCUCGCCCGGAGAAAGGUGUCUUCAAGAUGCCCAGCAAUAACGAUGACAACUAUGGGCACAGCUUGACAGACACGAUAACGAACGGACUCAAGACCCUCGUUCAGUCUUUCCCUCGCGAAAAGCACAUCGCUUUUGGCAGCAAACACGGCCAGAGGAUCCCGCUGCAACUCGGUGUUCCCGGCUGCCAGUGUGUCGGGUCACCGAGCAUCAUCGCAACGCUCCCCCUGUAUCCCGUCCUCCCGGUCAUCGCCGGUGCCACUUGGUGGGACAUCUCCAUUUUCGUAGACGUCAACACCGCGGAGACGGACGACCCCAUCGCAAAGUCCCGCAGUAGCCACGCCGCUACCCUUCAGCACAUCGAGGAGAGCGCCAACUGUAUGAUGGUCGCGCAGGGGCGGCUCUUCGUCUUUGCGAUCGGGGUGUACGGCCGCCUGGCGCGUAUCUACAGGUUCGACCGUGCGGGGAUCAUGGCGUCUCCGGCCUUUGAGUAUGCAGAGCACCCCGAGAUUCUGCACGAGUUCCUGUGGCGGUUCCUCAACCCGUUCGAGUAUGGCUGCAUAGUCGUCGGCAGUGAUCCCACCAUUCGGGAGCUCACGGACGGGGAGUAUAGCUGGGCACAUGGAGGUGUGCGUCAGUACGAAAAGGACGAGGAACGAGACGGGAAGUUCAUCGAGCGCCAGGACGUAUGCAGGUGGUUCUCUUUCAGGAAUGGUGAAGGCCGCCGGAUAGAAUACCUCGGGUACAAGAUCGUCUCCGCCAGCGUCGACCAUGUCUUCGGCCGGGGAGUCGUCGUGUGGAAGGCGCUGAGCAAGGGAGAGAAACGUGUGAUCAUCAAGGACGUGUGGAGGUCGGUAUCGAAACCGUCGGAGAUGUCCCUCUACGACGACGUCCAAGCGUACUAUCAGCAGAUGCAAGCGGACGACUGGGAAGGCGACAUACCUCUGCUGAGAGUCCCGGGUCUCGCGCUCAUGGCACGGGGAGAGAGCUUGGGCGAGGCGGAAGAACGUCUACGGCGACCUGGCCCCCGGGCGACGCGCACUGGGCCUGCUAUCCUCACGGACAUGAGCCAUCGCGACUUGGGACUUCCAACGGGGCACCAAACUAUGACCGCGAGACUGAUAGGCAAGGAUGACUGGCGCGACCACGAGAAGGACCACGACCGACUUGUCAUCGAGACGGUUGGGACGCCGUUGACCCACUUCGGACGGACGAAAGGGCUCGUCGAGGCUUUCCGUGACGCCAUCCUGGGACACAAGUAUGCGUUCGAGGCCGGCGUGAUUCACGGCGACGUGAGCGAGAGAAACAUCGUUCUCAACAGAGAAACAACUGCGGACGUCAAAGGGUUCUUGCACGACCUCGCUAAUGGCUUCAAUUGGAAAAGGUUCCUUCAGUCUCGCGGAUGGACAAACGACAUUGAAAGCUGGAUCCAGUUCGUGGAGACAGGCAAAGGGAUAGUGUCUGAAGACGGCGAGCAAGCCGGGAGACGGAGAGGUGCCCCCAGGCCUAAGGACGAGCCUGCGCCGGGAAAUGACUGCGCUCACCGAACGGGAACGUACGAGUUCUGCUCUGUCAACUCCCUCCAAGAGGAGGCGACGGGGUCCCCACCACGAUCCGGCUGGGUACGCGACGAGUCUGACGACUUGGAGGCCUUCUACUGGGUCCUCGUCUGGGUGCUCAUAUCCCUGCGCUUAAGCACCAUCAGGCACAAUCUCGGGCAGGUCGAGCUCCGUACCCUCUUCCCCGCGCAUCCUCAACACCGCGCCGCCUUCAACGUCAAGCUGCGGUGGCUGAAAGCGAACAACAUCCGCGUGGUGCAGGAACGCCAGCUGAACACGCUGCUCAAUGAGUUCCGCGCGUUGUGCUACCGGAACGUCAUUGGCUUCGCGUCCGACGCGCAGCCGCGGGUCCCCCUGACGCAUGACGCGGUGUUGGAGAUAUUCAACCAGGCUCUUGAGACGGAGGGCUGGCCGGAACUUCCCCCUAAGCCAGAGGACAAAAGUGUACAGCGAACCGCAGGCGGGACCCGGGUCGAGAGUCAAGCGCAAGUCCAGCGCGACCAAGAGCAGACUCUAAUUCCACGGGCACAAGUGCACGCUCGAGAUGAUGGAGGAAAACGCCAGACUCGGAGGGCCAGGAUGGCAAGUAACGUUUAGGGAUCUGGAUGUACUCUGGAUGUACUGCUAUUACGUUGUGCCAUGAUAAUGUACUAUGGACUAAGCGUUACUCUUGAAGUACUCAGGCCUCAGGCCUCAGGCUUAUUGUAGCUUAAUCGAUGCUGCCAGCUUUCGAC